UCGCCCCCCCCCCACCUACCCCACGUCCUGCCCCUUCGUGUGUUACUAAACAAUGUAAUCGGUAGCAUCAGAUAACGCUCAGGAGCCACUGCGAGGAUUAUAUUGUGCGAUGUCUUGUUUCGGCGCUCGCGUUUGAAGCGCGCUUGCCCAGCACGUGGCGCAUUUCGGGAGAGUUGGGAAGAUCGAGUGGGGUUCGUGGUAGUGGUGGUGGUGGGGGGGGUUUUAGUCAGUCAGUCAUGUACAUGACCCGCACGGACACCUCGGCCGUUGGCCUUUGUGUUCACGGCUAGUAUUGUUUACCGCUUUAAGAGAGGUCGCGGUUAUCGCCGGAGUGGGUUUUUGUAACGUCGAGGGAGGUGUUUUUUUUUGAAUGGCGACGACGUCGAGGUGACGACGACGUCUCGACAUGGAGCUCUCCGACGAAGAUAUCUGCCGGGUGUGCCGGUCGGAGGGGACUGUGGACAAGCCGCUCUUUCACCCUUGCGUGUGCACGGGCAGCAUCAAGUUCAUCCACCAGGACUGCCUGUUACAAUGGCUCAAGCACAGCAGGAAGGAGUACUGCGAACUGUGCAAGCACCGCUUCACGUUCACGCCAAUUUACUCUCCGGACAUGCCGCCGCGCUUGCCAGUCGGCGACGUGGUGGCGGGCCUGCUGGCCAGUGUGGGCACGGCGCUGCGGUUCUGGUUCCACUACACGCUGGUCGCCUUCGCGUGGCUCGGGGUCGUGCCGCUCACCGCCUGUCGGAUAUACAAGUGCCUCUUCACGGGCUGCGUGAGCUCGCUGCUCACCCUUCCCAUGGACAUGUUGUCAACGGAGAACAUCCUGGUGGACUGCCUGCAGGGCUGCCUGGUGGUCACGUGCACGCUCUGCGCCUUCAUCAGCCUCGUGUGGCUGCGUGAGCAGAUAAUGCACGGUGGCGCGCCUCCCUGGCUCGAGCAGAACCACCUCGCCGCACGUGCCGCGCAGCACCCGCAGCACCCGCAGCAGCAGCCGCAACCGCAGCAGCCUGACGGACAACAGCUCGACCCCGAGCCUCCGGACGAGGCCCGGGUCGCCCAGGCUCUGCCGGCCGAUGCCGAGGACGAGGAGGACGAGGACAACGUGGACGAAGGGGACGAGGAGGAAGAGCAGGCGGGCGACAACGCCAAUAACGAUGCGCAGGAAGACAUGAACUGGAACGCCCUGGAGUGGGAUCGAGCGGCCGAAGAGCUGACGUGGGAACGGAUUCUGGGGCUUGAUGGGUCACUCAUAUUCCUGGAGCACGUGUUUUGGGUGGUGUCGCUCAACACUCUGUUUAUUCUGGUCUUCGCAUUCUGUCCUUACCACAUUGGCCAUUUCUCCGUGAUCGGCCUGGGAUUUAAAGACUUUGUGGAGGCGUCGCACUUUGAGGGCCUCAUCACCACCAUCGUGGGCUACGUGCUGCUGGCGUUCACCCUCAUUCUCUGCCACGGCCUGGCGUCGCUCGUGCGGUUCCAGCGCUCGCGCCGACUGCUCGGCGUCUGCUACAUCGUCGUGAAGGUGUCUCUUCUGGUGGUGAUGGAGAUUGGAGCGUUCCCUCUCGUUUGCGGAUGGUGGCUUGACAUCUGCUCUUUGGAGAUGUUCGACGCCACCAUGAAGGAUCGCGAGGCCAGCUUCCAGUCUGCGCCCGGAACCACGAUGUUCCUGCACUGGCUCGUCGGCAUGGUCUACGUCUUCUAUUUCGCCUCAUUCGUCUUGCUGCUGCGAGAGGUGCUGCGGCCGGGCGUGCUGUGGUUCCUGCGCAACAUCAACGACCCGGACUUCAAUCCCGUGCAGGAGAUGAUCCACCUGCCGCUCUUCCGGCACGCUCGCCGCUUCCUGCUGUCCACGGUUGUGUUCGGCUCCAUCGUCGUGCUCAUGCUGUGGCUGCCCAUCCGCAUCAUAAAGGGGACCCUGCCGAGCUUCCUGCCCUACAACGUCACCCUGUACAGUCGCAACAACGGAGGGCAGAGGAGUGACGCUUACAACGCCGGGCGGCUAAAACGCAGAAAUUGGCACAGUGGGGAGCACAGUGACGCCCCUGUGAGCGAGCUGUCGCUGGAGCUACUGCUGCUGCAGGUGGUGCUGCCGGCGCUGCUGGAGCAGGGCCACACGCGGCACUGGCUCAAGGGGCUUCUCCGAGCGUGGACGCGCACCGCCGCAUACUUGCUGGACCUUCACUCCUACCUCCUCGGAGACCAGGACGAAGAGAACGAAAACAACGCCGAGAACGCGCGCGAGGAGGAGGAGGACGAUGACGACGGGGAGGAGGAAGAGGAGGAUGACGAUGACGACGACGAUGAAGACGACGACGAGGAGGAGGUGGCGGAGGAGGAGGAGCUGCUGCCGCCCCUCCUUGCUGCCGGGCGCAAUGGGAUCGCCGUCCCCAUAGUGGAGGGGCUGCACGCGGCGCACCAGGCCAUGCUGCAGCAGGGCGGCCCGACCGAGUUCCAGCCGUACACGCGGCCCCUGCACUUCCCCCUGCGUAUCUUCCUGCUCAUUGGCUGCAUCUGCCUGACGCUGCUGUCCUCCAGCCUCACGUGCCUCGUCGUGCCAGUGUUGGCAGGCCGUUACAUCAUGAGCAUGUGGGCGGGCGGGCUGAAGCUGCACGAGCUGUACACGGCAGCGUGCGGGCUGUACGCGUGCUGGCUGGCGGCGCGCGCCGCCACCGUGCUGGCAUCGUGGGCCCCGCAAGGCCGGCGCGUGCUGCUGCAGCGGCUCAAGGAGCGCACGCUCAUGGUGCUGAAGACCCUGCUGGCGGCGUUCCUGCUGGCGGGCGUCGUGCCCCUGCUGGUCGGGCUGCUCUUCGAGCUGGUGGUCGUGGUGCCCCUCCGCGUGCCGCUGCACCAGACGCCACUCUUCUUUCCCCUGCAGGACUGGGCGCUCGGAGUGCUGCACACGAAGAUCGUCGCCGCCAUCACACUCAUGGGCCCCCAGUGGCGGCUCAAGGCUGCGAUAGAGCAGGUGUACGCCAACGGCCUGCGCAACCUGGACAUGCGCGUGCUGCUGCUGGAGCUGACGGGCCCCGUGACGGCCGCCCUGCUGCUCGCGCUCUGCGUGCCCUACGCCGUCUCAUUUGGGCUCGUGCCACUGCUCGGCCUGUCAGCCGAGACGCAGACGCUGGCGGAGCGGCGCGUCUACCCGUGCCUGCUCGGAGGCUGCCUCUUGCUCGGCGUGCUGGGAGCUCAGCUGCGGCAGUUCCGCCGUCUCUACGAGCACAUCAAGAAUGACAAGUAUCUCGUCGGUCAGCGGCUCGUCAAUUACGAACGGAAGAGUGGCAGGAGCAGCGCUUUGCCCUCGGACCUGUGACGAGAGCCGUUUUGACUCCCGCCACGCCAAGAUGCCCCACUACCCGCCGAAAUAUUUUCGCGUGCUUUGAAUUUUCCGAAACUUGGGAUGUGACCGAAGUAAAUGUGUGCGCUCGUGUGCGCUCUUGCGCGUCAGCCACUCGGAUUCGCGAGCGGACUCUCUCCGCCGCUCCUCGGAACUGGAAAAAUCGGCACGGAAUUUGUGCAAUGUCGUCCUUUACUGCUCGCUACUCUUCUGCGCUCUUUGCCGAACCCCGCAUUUGCUGAAUUGGGCAGAGGAAGCCGUCGAAGAUCUUGAGAGGUUCGCUGCGUUCAGCGGUUCCGCACACGGAGACACAAAGACGCAAGCACGACACAGAGACAUAAAAGCAACACACAAACCGGAACUGCAGUUAGGCAGCCUGACCCAGGACAGGGGUGGACUGAUUCUCUGCGUGGGAUGGCCCCGAUGAACCGGCCCCAGAGUAAGGCCGAGGAGCUGUCCGAAUUCGCCAAGAAAGCCACGUCCCCUUCUAAAUGAAAUAUUAAUGUAUGCCGAAGGUUGUGAGCUUGCACAGUUUUAUUUAAGGUGCUGCCCUUUUGCGGGGGGUGGGGGGGGGGUAGAACAGUAUUGCAUGAGGACAGGGGCACCCAUUCAGUAUUUUUAAUGUGGCAGUGACAUAAGUGUUUGAUCCAUGAAACCAGAUCCGUUAUGUAACGCAACUCACCGGGCCAACGGCAACCUGUGCACGGGGAAACCGUGCGUUCAAAAACUUCCAAUUGGUCGAAACGGCUAGAGUUGACGAUAUACAUAUAGUGGAAGAUAUAUAUAUGUGUAGACUGCGUCUCGGCUUGUACGGGCAAUGAAAUAUUUUAAACUUUUCGGCACAGACACCCACCGCCUGCAGUGAGUGCUGCUCGUGCCAAAUGCUGACUGCGCCGCCACUCCACCGCGUGGUGGCAAGGAUUGACAGUGGACGUUCCCACAAAUUUUUAAAUGUCACAAUCACCCCACGGGAGGGUGGGCGCGGCGCCCCCUCUGAAAAAAAAAGGUCGUCCGGCAUCCAGCGUCUGUUGUGUUUGUCUUCGUCGCGCGUCACGUUCUCCCUCGAGGCGUCUUUGUUUUCGUGCCAGGCAGCAACGUGCGCUUGUGUGUGGGAUGGUCUCCGUCGCCUCCGGCGCGGUGGGGAUAAAGUUGAGAGAUGUGCGAUGCUGGGAGCAGUCGAGUUGCGCCUGUGCUUUGUUGCUACAGAGCAGAACUACUGACGGGGGGGAACCUUCCGCCGUGCUUGCAUCUCUGCCCCCGAGUUUUUUGGUUUGAUGUUGGCGAGGGAUCCACACCAACAUCAAACCCUUGCCGGGGUUGCACCAUUCGGGCUCGAGGUGCGAGAUAGAUCCCUGCUGAACAAAGCAGUUGCAGAGACGGUGGACGGGCACCGGUGUGUUGAUCGGGAUAUUGAGGCAGUACCGCUCAGAGGCUGUGUUCGUGUCCCUCGGGUCGUCACGGUUGGUGGUGUUUGCAGGUGCUACUAACACGUGACGGUCUCACCGCGUGGCUCCACAAAGCAAAUUUCUGAAUUCGGUCAUUUGCACUUUAUAUCAUGUUUUAGGCACUGCAAAGUGAAUACAGUAACAACUAAAUGUUACACGAGCAAUAAUCCCACUAGUCCACCUUGCCCAGAGUUCCACACAUGGCUCUAAGGGGUCUCUGGCUCUUUGACCCGACACAAGGUGGGUUGAAGGGCCACACAUUACGUGCGCAUCAGCCACACAUUUCCAUGACGAUGUCACCCAGUCUGGGCCAGCCAGUGUCGACCCCGGUACCAGCCAGCUGGUCCUGUGGCACGUGAAUAUCCUCGGGCAGGCUUAUACAUGGAGAAAAUACGUGUCCUGACGUAUACACGGGGAAACUGUGUGUAUAUGUAGCCUUGGCAAUAUCUAAGGCAGCUCUGUAAAUCCCGGUCACAUGGACAGAGGUAAUCGCCUAGUUGAUAGCUUAGUGAAGGACCAACCCAUGCCUCCACUCGGCUAUCCAGACCCCACAGGCCUUCCUUGCUUGCCUAAGCACACCGUAAUCGGGGUGGAAUUGGAUCACUGACAAAGGUUUUCAGUGGAGAUUCCAGUUGGCCGUAAUUCGCCGUAAUCGCCAUUCUGGUGGGCUGCAUUUGGCAAUAAUUAGUCGAGAUCGGCAUAGCCGAUUGCUGGGAGAAGUUAGAUGUGUAAUGAAAUUUCAAUAGAACCCCGUUGUUUCGCACACAUGUUCCGUGGCAGAAUCCCCGUGAGAAUCCCGUCCGAACAAAUUAAGGCUUUUUCAACACGGGAAUCUGUGGAAGUAUCACAAUUCCUACUUGGAAACCACGCAGAGUGGAAAUUGUAGGAGUCGCCUAAGACCGUUCCUGUGGGAAUUUCCUCGCCGUAAUAUGUGUACGCUAACGAAAUUUUUAACCAAACUGGAGCGGGAACCUUUGCACAGUCAACGUGAACGGUGGCGACAAUUGACGAGACUGGGUAACCCCAUUUCACCACGCGCGGGUUUCAGCUCGUGCUCGGUCAACGCACGGAUGAGCAGCGUUGCCUCCGGUCAAGGCCAGAUUCAAAUCCAUCGCAGCGGGGAACACUCGGAUGGAGGCUGACACGAAACAGAUUCGGCAGCACUCGAGGGCGAACACGGCAAUGGGGUGUGCUCAGUCUGUUCGACCUCCGCUGAUGUUGCUCAUCACAUUCGAACGCGCAGCGUUGACGAACUGCGUGCUAUUUUACUUGCGUUUUCAUCGGAACCUGGCAGCUUGUGCUGUGUUUGGCCUUUCAAACGUAUAUAUGAAAUGUUCGUUCUGGAACAGCUGAAAACUAUAUGUAUGCUAGUUGAUUUUUUUUUCUUUCUGUUCGUGGUUAAUGUCGUCACUCGCACGGAUCACGACACGGUUGCACAUGGGGGUGCCACGUGUUUCUCAUUCAGUUCCCUGGGAAUAGACGUCUUCGUAAAUUUCCAUCCAGUAAACAUCCAUGGUUUAAUCAUUGAUUGCCAUAGGGAUGUUCACUACUACUGGUCCUUGGUGUGCCAAGAUUGAGAUCAAAUUGGCCAGAAGUUUCUCAAUCUCCCAGUCCUCGUGACUUUUUACAUUUACCAAUGUUCCAUUCAAGUACCAAUUAAGUCUUUACAUGUUGCACAUACCUGAUAUAUAUACACACCAGCUGAAACAAUUAUAUUCCACUUGCAUUAAUCAUGAAAGUACAUAACUUGAUUGUAAUGUUCUAAAUUAAAAAAAAUAAAGCAUGAAGUUACAGAAGUUGCCGUGCCAAGGCUGAUCGCAAUGCGGAUGCCACCCUCUGUAAUCCAGCAAAAUAGUAUUUUUUUCAGUCAUUAUUUCCAUUUUAUUUAGCAUCGCAAUCUGUGCGAUCUUAUUUCAAUGCAGUUUCAUCUUUGUUACAGCGGUUCAUUGCGAUAAACAGAAUGGGCAGCUCGUCAGCCAACCAGAGUCGGGCAUCGGUCCCUCAAGGCCACGCUCAUACAUCCGUUCGCUUGUGAAUAUUGCAACGUGCUUAUUUUCUUUACCUACGUGACUUUACCGAAAGAACCAAGAAUAUGGAUCCUUGCAGUCACGAAAACUUCAAGUCUAGAACGUGCUUCUUGGUUGAGGUGGCAGACUGGGGGGGUGGGGUGUCACCCACAAAUCCAGAGAGAUGUCUGUCCCACCAUCUCCGAUCCCACGAAUUGACCGAGCCUGCUAACUGGUUGCGAGGACACGAUCACGUUAAUAGUUUAUAGCGUACGCAGGCUUAAGAGACGCGCAAGAGCAAUUUUUACCUUUGUUUAUCAGCGUGAGAACGUUCACAAAAGCUGCGAUCGACGCAUCAAGAAGUCACGCGGUGGAGCACGCUCGGUGUGCUUCGGUGUCGCCUGUUGCUUUCGAGGAGGAAUCCUCCACUUACGUUGAUGCAUCAUUCAGUGUUUCGUCACGGUCGAGUAAAACACAAGACGUGUCUCUCGAAGGAAGGAACGCCACGGAUAAUCGCGCGUGUUUCCACGACGCGCGGUCGUUGUAUAAACCUCGCGUGGCUGUUCGACUAUGGGAAGCAUUUUGAUUGCACAGACCCCUGGGGUACUUGAGAUCGAUAUUAUUAUUCAAGUGCCCUGCCUGGCGGUCGCAGUGUGUGUGGGGAGAGCGGUCGUGUACCGGUUAGCGAGCUGCUAUACGAACCCGGCGACCCGAGUUCGAUUUCCGCUCACGGCCAACACCAGUGACGAUUAUUUGAACCGGUCCUGGGCCUCACCUAGGUCGACUCUGCCUCAAAUGAGUAUCUGGUGCGAUGUGGUAAAUAUCGCCACUGGGGAGACAAAGGCGGCCGGGCGUGGUGCUGGGCACUCACCCCCUUGUGUGCCGUUCAGGCCUUCAUAGGUGCUCGCUAACAGCACUUGCUCCAACAGACUUCCAAGGCUAUACGCGGAAUCUUUGUCUUGUGUGGUUUUGCCAAGGGUCUCGGCCAAGAAACCCCGAUGUGAUGUUUAAGCCCCACGAUUCCGGCUGAAUUUCAGCUGGGACCUGCCCUUGUCGGCGACCCGUAAUCUAUCCCCGCACCCGGCACAACCACCACCACCACCAACAUCGAGUACGCAUCUCGCUGCGGUUGUGGCCACUGCAAAGUCGUCAUACGCCUCACUCCUGUCCAACAGCGGCCCUGGGGAAAACAUUGAGUUGAGAAAUUAAAACCCUGCCCACGAUGCUUCGUUGUCGAACUCGUCGCGCGCACCUCUGCAUGUAUCAUUAAUAUCCAACACGUUAAUCUUAGCUUGCUUUUUUUUGUCAGCUGAUGUGAGAUUUGUCAUCGGCUGGAGAGAGAGAGAGGAUGUUGGCUUGUUUCAAAGCCUUUUGGGGAUCCCAUAAUGUAUGGUGUUUCCCCUGUUGUCUGUUUGAAGGGCUAUUUUGAAGCGGUGUUCCCUGUCGAUGGUUAAAUUGGUGUCUUAAGUAAUACCGUGUGCAGUCAUUUGGUGUUUAGUCGCUCGAGAUCAUUUUGCUCACCACAAUAACCGAUAUAUUACUUGCUCCAGGAUCUUUCGCGGCAGCUUGGGGAUUCACACGAUGUGUGUGAAUUGACCUGGUUUGUCUGCAACUUGCUUUACGCUAACACAUCCACAAUACACGAAGAGGCCUACACGUAUGGAAAAAAAAAUCGGUGUUUUUACCCUUUCUGGCAAUAAAACAGGAGGUGUUAAGAUGUCCAAACGCCAAAUAGAAAACCUUUUUCAAGGAAUGAAGUACUGCAUUAACCACACACAGUACUUGCUGUGAUGAUCGUGCAAACCACGUGCUCUGAUAAUGAUAGCAUGUUUGUCUGCAUGUUCUACACGGCCACCAAUUCAAAUUGACCCCUGAACCCAGGGCCCGGCUUACCGUGUGGAGCCUAAGGGCUUGCCUAAAUGCAAGCCUUAGCAGGACAGGAGGCUUAUACAAGGGGCAGAACAAAACAUCAAUUUGGCAGAGGCACGACUUGUUUUUACCCUGACAUACGCAAACAAAACGUUACGGCAUCCACCAUUUGAGCAACUGCUGGGGCAAGUGCUGUUAGCGAGCACCUAUUACCUGUUGUAUAUGUUGAACCUCUUUUGCACCGUACGUAGCCAACCGUCGGUGAUUACAUAAAAGUGCAUUCUAAAUAACCACCGAGCUAACGUUCUAUACACAAAUGUGCGUGGCCUCAAGGUGCACAUAGCCUGGCACAAGCGUCGUGGUGACGUCCCCGCCACUUUGUGGCGAAUGGCGGUUGUUGUAUAUGAACACAAGUGUGGAUGUAAGCAAACAUUGGCCCGCUCUCCUGCGUUUUUUCAGGGCUUGCUUUUUUAGGCAGGCCCCAUAGGCCCCACCGGGUUAGCCAAGGCUCUCACUCUGGGCUUGAUUGAAAAGGGGCAGCAAAACGGGAAUUUGUUUAGCAGCAUUUUCCCCGGUUUGCCAUGAGAGUUAACGCUCUAAAACCACGUUCACUCUGCCAUUUUACAUGCUAGUGAACGCUUUAAACCCACGAUCAUGCUUCAAUUUUACAUUGCGAGUGAACACUGUAAAAUGAUGCUCACUUUAAUUUUACAUGCGAGUGAAUAUGUUCGCUCUGCCGUUUUCGCACAAAAAAAACACUAUUGAGAACAUUUGAAGCGUUCGAAACGUUGCUACGAAAACGAUGCACCCCAUGAAGUGUUGUCAAGUUUCCCGACACGACCAUUGGCAACGUUUUAUUUUGCCAUGUGUAAGUAGAAAAAAAAUUAACCCGUAAAAACUAAGUUUUUCACUAUAAAUCCUUUAUAUGCGUGGCGGCUAGAGUCCUCUCGUCCUCUGGCUUGAGAUGGCUGCCACCUAUGGGUCAGAUGAUUGCCUUCCACCAUUAAGCAAUUGGUAUUUAAAUAUAAAAAAAAAAUCCUAAAAAGUGUAACAUUUUGGAAAAAAAAUUUCACGAAAAUAAAUUGUCACGCACAACGAGUCUGUGUGCAAAAUGUCAGCUCGAUUGGACCACGGGAAGUGGGUUAAAAAACGACCGAAAGAUUUGCACGGUCCUAAGCGCACAAGCAAGCAAGCAAGUGAACUUAAUAUAAAGGAUUAAAAAAAACUAUGAUCGGCGGUGGGUAUGAAUUUGACUGCGGUGCCUCUCCACUUAUCCGCUUGUGUUCGAGACUGGUGUUUCAACGUGACCCCCUUGAGCCUCCUUCACUUCCACAAAUUUGUUCUUCACAAAUGACCGUCGACUCGGAAUGCGUACCCCCUCCCCAGUGUGAACAUCUCUGCAUGCGCCUCCUAAAUUAGGAGGAACUUAAUUAAAAAUUAUAAACACGG